ACGCCCCCCCCCCCAGCCCGCACCUUUCUGCAAAGUGGGAGUGGAGGGAGCGUGUCCGCAGAGGAUGCCCAUCCUCGUCUCACCUGACAUCGCUGCCCAGUUCAAGGAGAAGUGGCUGCUGCUGCACCCCGAGGACCGGGACAAUGUGGGUGGGGCUGUGACCUUGGAUGACAGCCUCACCAGCCUACAGUGGCUCCAAGACUUUUCCAUCGUCACCGCUGAUCCGGAGACACCACCUGUCCCUAGCCACCCUCUCCACCAGCCUCCCCAGCAGCUCUUCCAAGGGUCCGAGGCCCCGGCCAGCCCACCGGCAGGAGACACUGCGGCCAAGGGGAUGCCCCCGCGUCUGGGCAAACCCACCUCUGCAGCCACCUCCCCUGGCACCAGCUACCUGCCUGGCCUUGGCGCUGCAGAGAUCGAUUACAAGAGCAACCCUGGGGUGAAGCCCCCUUACUCCUACGCCACCCUCAUCUGCAUGGCUCUGCGGGCCAGCAAGCAGGCCAAGGUCACCUUGUCAGCCAUCUACAGAUGGAUCAUGGAGAACUUCUGCUACUACCGGCACGCUGAGCCCAGCUGGCAGAAUUCCAUCCGGCACAACCUGUCCUUGAACAAAUGCUUCCGGAAAGUGCCGCGGCAGAAGGACGAGCCAGGCAAGGGGGGCUUCUGGGAGAUCGACCCGCAGUACGCCGAUAUGUUCGUCAAUGGUGUGUUCAAGCGGAGACGGCCGCCGGCCGCACCCUACAGCCUGCCACGGCAGCACCCCGCCGUGCCUGCCCUGGAGGCAGGGUGCAGCCUCUUGCCCCCUGUGCCUCAUCUGGGGGGUGGGCAGCCAGGGCACACCCCUCACCAGGCUGCCCACCACCUGCUGCACCAGCACGGCCAACGCUGCCCCCUGCUGGAUGCCCCCAGCCCUCUGCCGAAGCGCAGCUGCCCGGCAGCCAGAACUGCCCAGUCCCCUCUGCUGCCCUCUAGUGGCAGAGAUGCAGAAGCCCUGCGAGGAAAUUUCAACUGGGCCGAUGCCUUUGACGAUGUCUUACGGGGAAACGGCAGCAAUUUCGAGGACCUGGAUAUUAACGCAGCGCUCAGCUCGCUGGCCGCAGAGGUGGACCUCGCCAUGCAAGGCAGGUACAUACCCCUUGCCAGCAAGUGGGGCACCCCGGCUACCAAUCACCCCAGCCCAGGGGCUUCCCAGUGGGAGGAUUUCACCCCCUUCGCCGACACCCCCCAGCACCCCUGGGAGGAGGCGAGGGGGGAGGUGCUCGGCAACCCCUGGGGCUUUGAGCAGGGCUUCAACUUCUGUGACGGCUUCCUCAGCGAGACGCAGCCCUGGGACAAAGUCGACACCUUCAUGUGAUUUCCCCCCUCUCUUCUCUGGGGUGGGGCCCCAGGUGCCCCUGGGCUGCAGUGCCCAGCCCCCCAACUGAUUGCUCUUCUCUGACUGCCCCUCGCUCAGCUGAGCUGGAGCCGAGCCCUGCUAGGUUGCCGAGGUGCGAGCGUUCCCCUGCAGGGAGCGCUGGGCCGCUGCCCCUCUCCUACCCCCUGGCAUGAAGGUAGGCCGAGUCCCUCCUGCUCUCCCAAGCACUCUAUGGGGAAGGCCCUGUCCCUCCCUGACUGUCAGCGCUUGUGGCUUCCUGAGCCCUUGGGCAGGGGUCGCAUUGGGAGUCCGUCUCUCCCCACCACCCCACCCCAGCAAGCUGUAAUGCCCCAGACCGGUGACUCGGCUGGGCAGUGACUGCUGCAGGGCAGGCCGGACCCUGACCCUGAGCCACAGGAGGCUCCGUGCCUCAUCAUGGCCCCCAGGCUGCAGGGGGGGU